AAGAUUAUCUUCGGCAUGGGAACCAAACUUGUUGUGCAGACCAAAGAGGACUUAAAACCCUCCAUUUACAAAGUGAAUGACUCAUGUCUGGCAACUGACUUCACUAGACAUGAUGCAGUGGACAGCGACUCAGCAUUCUCAGAUCAAAAUGUUGCAGUUCGAUAUGAAGGUAAAAGUACCUACAGCGCCUUUGCUUUGGGAACUGCAGAUCAAUGCCAAGAAACAGGGACCUGUACUGUAGGAUCAUCAAAUCAUGAAAAUGCCAUUGAAAGUGAUGAAAAAAUGAACUUCAUGUCGUUGGGCAUCUUUUGGCUGAGAAUCCUCUUUGUGAAGACUGUUGUAUUCAACGUCCUGAUGACUUUCAAAGCAUGGAUGGGCUAAAAUGUCAACACCAGACGCUUUAUCGGUUCGAUUCAUCCAUGGUUUCACCAAACAGAAAAGACAAAGUUGCAUAACGCUCGGCCAAACUUUGAGAAUGAUAAUUAAUGGAUUAUAUAACAUCCAUGUUUAUGCUAGAGUGUAUAUGAUUUAAUAGUAUAUAUACAGUAUAUAUAUAUGUUUGAAUGUCAUGUGCUUAUAUAGGCUUUUUGCUGUAAUGUUGCAUGUAGUUUAGAGAAAAGAAUUACAGUAGAUUUAAUGUAACCUUACACUUUGUUUAACGUUUUAAUGUUUUUUAUGCAAAUUAUCUUUAAUAGCGUGUAUAAUUUUGUAAAGUCUGUGUUUAAAGGUGUAUUUAGUACAGUGUCAUUGUAGAAGUGCAUUCUUUAUAGUCAAUGUUUUAAAUUCUGUGAGUAUCCCAUACUAAAAUAUUAAAAUAUAGUUAUUAAUGAGUAAUUGACUGGUCUUGUGAUCUCAACAUGUCAGCGACCAUAGGGUGACACAGUCCAAAAUAAUUUAUAAAAGAAUUGAUUUUCUGAUCUAUCAAAUAUUGCAUGUAUGAUUACAAUACAGUGGUGGCCAAAAGUGAUGUUCAGAAGGAAUAUUUGACAAAAUAUGCUUUAAAUGACCCUACAUCUUUGAUAAAACUUCCCAAAUAUGAUAGAAUGGUGUAAGAUAAGACCAUUGAUCUUGGUUUAGGUAUUUACCUGACUACAGUUUUAUUAGUUAUACAAUUUAAACGGUUUUAAAUGUACUCUUCAUUACUUUGUGUAAAACUUGCUUGUAGUGAAGAAAUACUACUGUAACUGCAACUUUGAUCUGUAUGACAUUUUUAAGCAUUGUACCUUUCCGACAAGUUAGCAUGUGCUUAUUUUCAAUGACAAGUAUUGUCCAGUAAUGAUUGUUUUUUGUGCAAAAAAUAUAUUAAACUGCAUAAAUGCCAA